AUGGGUGACCCUCUUCGCGGACAUUCAAUAUCCUCGGAGCCCUCGUCGUUGUCUGCUAGGUUUACGAUUCAUGAAUCAGAAGAGUGUUUCAGUGAGUUAACAGAGAAUUUUAUAACUCGUAGAUGAGAAUUUCAGAUUUUGAGGAUGGUGUCUCCUACAUCGCCUGCAUUUUCACUUAUAACAACGUGUCUUUGUUCAGUUAUGAAAGUGACGAAGACUAUACAAUCACUGAUCUCUAAUUAGAUUAAAAAUUUAAAUGGUACUUGUUUCUGGCUUUUAUACUAUCCCAAUAAAAAUUUUUUUUUCAUGCAGAAAUGAGGUGGAAAUAAACUGAACAUUUUUAAGCAGCAUUUGGGCAAACUUUUAAAACUGACAGCUUUUGUGCAGACUUCACGCUUUUGCGCAACUAGCCAGCUGAAGCUGCGCUAACUUUGCGCAAAAGCUGCGUAAAGUUUGCGCAAAAGUGGCGCGCCUUUGCCGAGCUAAUCAAGAAACCGCUUUCCAACCGGAGCCUUAGCUUAGGCUUAUUUUUUGAUUAAACAAAGAAAUUGAAACCAGAGAAGCAUCCGGUCAGAACUGUCCCGAAGCAGAACCAGUCACAACACGACUUUUCCUAAUAGAAACCACCUGCAGAUAGGUUCUGAUUCGGGAAAGUUCUGAUUUGGGACAAUUCUGAUUUUGGACAGUUCUGAUUCGGGGAAGCACGCAGUUCCCCGGCACUAGCGUGGCCGAACUUUCUAAGGACUAGAAAACUACACUAUCUAGUCUGCCUCUCCUUCAUCUACAGCCAGGACGUGAUUGUUCGGAAAAGUCGUGUCCUUUUGUCUGGCGUUUUUGACCACCUCGAAAAUUUAAUGGGGUUAUUCAGGCUGUGAAAAAAAUGAUUGGUUUCCGUUUUUUUCGUUUUUUUAAGUCGAAAAAUCCAAUUCAGCGAUGUAAAAAAAAACGGAAAAAAACGGAAAACAAACAAUCGCUGAAUAGCCCCAUAACAUUUCAGGAAGUGUGCUAAUUAAACACAAUCUCAAUGCUCUUCGUGUGAGUUCCGUGCAUCUCAUCAUGACACAGCGACGUUGGAGAAAGCGUGUUACCGAAAACCAUUUUGUCCCUUUCAGGCGAUCCCCGUGAGCCAACACCGUUAGUUCUUAUGAACCCAGAACUACGUGUGAGACAGCUCCGUUAUGCUGCCAACAUUGAAGCGACUCUGAUGGUUCCGCUCCAUAGGUUUUUUACAUUGAAGAAAACGCGUUGAUAAUAUUGACUAUUUACAGGUAUUACGAAGUGCUUCUCGACCUUUCGGUAAUGGGUCUCGAAUACCUCAAAGCUAUGAAACUCGAGAGAGCGUUCAUAAUUUUCAAAAGAAUAGAAUACUUCAUUUUUCAUAGACUUAAAGAACACCCGGGUGUCGAAACUUUUUCUUCCGAUGCUAAACUUCGAAUCUUAGGUAGACUGCCAAUGAUUAUGUAUGUGGUAAGUAGUUUUUUAUCCCGACCGACCCAUAAAUUGAAAUUUAGGCUCAACAAAUUAUUAUUGAUUUUGUUAUGCCUGUUUACGAACGACAAGCUGCAUAUUUUCGCUACGAAGAGUUGCAAAGACGUUUGAGCAUUGUGGUGAGUUGAUUUAAAAAAAUAAUUUCAAAUCACGCAAGUUCUUGAAGAAUCCCACUGCAUGGAAGGCUAUUUUGCCAGAAGCUGAACGAAGAGAACAGGAGUUUUAUUCAGAAGCCGAAAAAAUAUCUACGAGAUUUGGUUUAGUGCAUUUAUACUUUUUAAAAUUUAAAUUAUCUUCUAGGCGUUGAACUCUCAAGCUUUCUUCCACGUUCAGUUACACCAGACAACCAUCAUCCUUCCAACUGGCCGCCACGGACUAUUCCGGCAAAAGUAAUUCACCGAAUCAAACAGAAUUACGAGAGUGAUGCCGCAAACGCUGCUUUGAGUGUGGCAAUCAAUACAAUGAACACUUCUGCCGAAUCUUUAUCUAUUUCUGGAGAUCAGCCCAUAGAUACAUUAGUUUGUAACAUUAAUGCGAUGAUGAAUAAUGCCCUCAUCAAUUUUUUCAACGCUCGACAUGAACACGCUGCCAGGUAUUUAUUUGAAUUAUAUGCCAGCUUCGUGAUGAACUUCUUUCAGAUUCCCUGACGCAAGUUUACCAGACGCAAAUGUGCCAAAACCUUCUGUAAAUCAGCUAGCGAAAGUGAAUCAUCAGUUACCGGCUGUAGUCAUGCCUAUGACUCAGAAUAAUCAAAAUGACACAAGAAACACUUACUCUCCCCUUGUUGAUCACAUGUACCAAAUGCCUUCUGAUCUCCCUGGCGAUCUGCAAUGUGCCAGAAAUUUCAACGAAGAUCGAAAUCCUUACGAAUAUAAUCCUAUUUAUUCAAUUGAAAAGUAUAUCGACCUUCUGAAACAGACGUUUGAAACAAAUUCUUCAACUGCCACUGGAUUCCGCAUUCAGCAAGUCACUCAUGGUCAGGGACCAUCACCAAGCACGGCCGCUUUCAUGUUACGUUUGGAAAGAACAUUCAAUGAAUCAAAGAAGCCGAGCAGCGCUGAACCAGUGUCUUCAAGCAAUUUUUCGCGACCUAGAAUUCAAACUGAAACAUCAAGGGAUCGAGAAGCUUCUGUCUCAAUUAUUCCGGAACCUGAUCCCGGCACGCCCCGUGGAAUGCCGCCAACAAUGCCUUUGGUCCAAAAAGAACCAGAAACAAGAACAUGGGGAGUGUGGGCUAAACGUGGAGGUGCCCACGGCUCUCACGGUAUAGGAAGUUUGGAAGUGUUGUCGAACUUAGAUAGAGCCAGAGAAGUUCUCGAUUCGGUUCCACCAAUGCCUAACAGUCUUGAAUCGGUCGAGUAUGAACGUCUUCCGAUUACCCAUGCAACAAAAGAACAAAGAAUUAGUUCGGAUACAGAAGAAAUUGACAUCCUUGCAAUUGACCAAACUUGCGCACGGUCAACUACGUCAUCAGUGAAAAAGAGAUCUUAUGAUAAGGUUGAAGAUCACAAUGUCAAAAAAAUACAAAUUUCUAUACCUACCGAAAACAAGGUGAGCAUGAAAAAUUUGAACGUAGAGACUCACAUAAUUCCUCAUUUCAGUAG